GGGUGGUACAAUAGGUCAACCAGACAAGCACAUUAGCGCAUUAACUGUGAAGCAGCAAGGCUCAGCAGCGCAUAUCCCUUGCUAAUUAGGACUCCAUCCCGUUCGUGGGGCCCGUAUUCUUCCCCAUCCAGCUAGCCAGCUAGCUAGCUCAGUGUGUUUUGCUUCGCCUCUGCCCUGCCCUUCUCUGCCGUGAACUUGCUCCUGGGCCUAUUUCUCCUCCAUGCCAACUAGUCCACACCUUUCUUCCAUGCCGCCGUUGUUGCUUUCUCCUCCCGUCUGCUAAAGCACUUUUUCUCGUGUAGCUUUUUGCUUUCGCCACUCGUCUAAAUCUCUUACCGCCACUUCCUCAUCAACAACACUCAUUAUUGUUGGCAUUGCCGCUCUCUUUCUUUUGCGUCCAUUGAUCCAAUUUCCCCAAGUGUGCGUGGUAGUCCGUUGUGCUCGUGUGGCGGGGUGUUUGUUGCUGUGUGUUGAUUCAAGUGUUUGCAGUACCUUUGGCGGAGUUCGUAGCUAGUUGUUUUUUUUGCCAAUUGGCCGUUUCUGGACAGAGUUUUGGAGGGUGUAGAGGGAGAAGUUUGGACUGCUUUAGCGUUGGCCUAUGCUAUUGAGGAAACGGUUCGAGGGAUUGUUCUCUAUGUGCGUUCGAUCUUUCAGCUUGGUGGUGUUGAAGCACGGUUUGAGGUGUUGUGCUCAAUUACACUGCUUUCUGGCGGUUCCUGCGGUUUCUGAUGCAACUGCUUGAAUACUUUUCCAUCUCUUUCUUUUCCCCAAGAUAUGAGGAGUUGACGGGCCAUCAACUCUGUGCUGUGCUAGCAGUUUGGAGGAUGUGGCUCCGAUGUGGUUUGGAGUAGAAGACCGCAAGCGAGUAUGUAAUCCUUGGCGAUAUAGUUUAUUUUCACAUGCCACUCGCCCUCCCGGACACAGGGGACGUGUUGGAUCUGAACGACUUCCGACUGAGUCUAAGACCUACUUGAUCGUCAUCCUGUUAUCCCUCUCUAUCUUUUCCGACAGUAUUAUCUUGUUGCACUUGAAAGACAGUUCUUAAGCAGACUAUUUUCUUCAUUUGAGCAGUUUACGGGCAUGGUAAAAAGUUCGUGAAGAGGAACUGUUUCCUCAUUUGUAGCGAACAGCAGUAUAUACUUAUCUGCCCUAGCACUGUGCUUGCCUAGUGGGUUCAGGCAAAGCGCCAAGGAUUUGCAGUACACGUUCUUAUGGUGGUUAUUCUUAAAGCUUGUGGAAUUUGCACGGGACCUGGAGCGUGCAGUCAUUUUGAAACCUUCCACUAGGGGAUACCAGAACUCAGAAGCAAUAGGUACCCUAGUGUUACAUAGUUUUAUAGUAGGAAAUGUUAGUAUGCACUUAAACGAGAAUGGAGUUGGAUCGCUAGAGUACAUUCAAUGCAGGGACGAAUCUUUGGAGCUUCCGUGUAGAGAUGGUGCUACACAAUUACAAGUGUAUGCUGAGGCUCUGCAAGCCGCUUUUGACGAGGGGAGCGAGCUGCCGGACGCGGAUUGCAAAAGCGAAGACGGCAAUACCUCUUACAGUUUCUCCUCGCAAGGCUCUUCGACUCGAAUGGAAGACAGUCAUGAAUGGUGCAGCGAUUCUGGAGGCAAGAGUCGCGGCAUGUCGUCAUCAUCUUUGAGGGCUCUGGAAAACGUUGUGACCCAGGUGUUGGAGAGCGUACGAGCUUCCGGAUAUGGCGAGGAGAUGUGCAAAGAGUUUCGUGAACAUUUUGCCCGUUUACCGGCUCGGUACACAUUGAACAUUGAUCCGCAUAAACAUGAGGAUGUUCUGCUUCACAUGGAGUUAUUACAGGAUGCGCGAGAGGCAGAAUAUGCCGCCAACUGCUAUAGUUAUGGUGGUUAUGCUGCCCCCAUUCCACAGGUCCAUGUCCGGAAAGUGCUUCUAGCGGGGUCACUUUCAGGUGAUGCACUGGAUUGCAAUGCUCCCGUACCCUCUUCGCCAGGAGAAAGCGCAUUUAGAAAUGGACUACGAAUCCCGAAACCUGCCUUCGGGUCUGGAACAAAUUUGGUAGGGUUGGGACUUGGUUGUAGCCCAAAAGUCUACCCGUCGGAGCAAGUUCUGUGCCGGUCAUUUUCAACUCCACUAAGAGGGAUGCCUCCUUGUCUCCUUCCUUUGGAAGAAUCUCCACUUAGCUGCAACGGGUUGCAGCACGCCAUUCCCCGUCCUGCGUUUGGAAACCUUUCGAACUCCUUGUACAGUGAUGAUGUAGGCUCCGGAUAUAUCACUGAAAAUGGGGAUGCUUUCACACCCGUCGGAUAUGAAGUUACAAUUGCCACUACUGAUAGACAAGGGCUUCUUAAAUACUUUACAUCGGCCUUGAGCGAUUCACAUCUGCAAUUGAACAUUAAGGAAGCUCACGUGUUCAGCACAACAAAUGGAAUGGCAUUGGAGGUUUUUGUUGUGGAAGGUUGGCAUGGUGAUGAGGCUGAAGAACUUAGGCGCUCAGUUUUGGAGGCUCUAGUAAAAAAGUCGGGUGCAGGAGUCAAACCUUCUGAGGAUUCGAGGUUGCGAGCGGCUGCUGCAGCUAUUCAAUAUGAAGAUUGGGCUAUAGAUUUCAAUAUGCUUGAGAUAGGCGAGAAACUUGGAACUGGGUCGACAGGCAGGUUAUACAAGGGAAAAUACUUGUCCCAAGAUGUUGCAAUUAAAAUCAUUGAGAUAGAUGAGUACAACGGCAGUGGCACAGAUUCAGAUACCCACAGGUCUGCUCCAGCGGCGGAGCGGCUACAGAUAUACAAGCAAGAGGUCUCUAUUAUGAGAUUGGUGAGACACAAGAAUGUGGUGCAGUUCAUCGGUGCUUGUUCUAAUUGGCCUAAACUCUGCAUUGUCACUGAAUUGAUGGCUGGUGGCAGCGUCCGAGACCUUCUUGACCAUCGAAUGGGUGGUCUAGACAUCUCAUCAGCAAUUAAAGUUUUGCGUGAUUCAGCGAGAGGGAUGGAUUUUCUGCACAAGAGAGGGAUUGUACAUAGAGAUAUGAAAGCUGCAAAUUUACUGAUUGAUGAGCAUGAUGUUGUCAAAGUCUGUGACUUUGGUGUCGCUCGUCUGAAGCCUGCUUCAAUCAAUGCUGCUGAAAGAGGUGUCUGUUAUUCCGCUGAGAUGACAGCGGAGACGGGGACUUACCGGUGGAUGUCUCCUGAGAUGCUGGAGCAUAAACCUUACGAUCACAAAGCUGACGUUUAUUCCUUUGGGAUCACAAUGUGGGAAGUGUUGACUGGAGAUAUACCUUACGCUGGCCUAACUCCUUUGCAAGCUGCAAUUGGUGUCGUUCAACGGGGACUUCGUCCGGAAACUCCACCGUACAUACCUGAAGUUUUAGCGAACUUAAUGCAAAGAUGUUGGAAUAAAGACCCGCAGGAAAGGCCCGAAUUCAGCGAGGUACUUAGCACACUUGAGAAUAUGGUCAUCCCAACGACUUCGAGGAGAGUAGCUUCGAGGAGGAGGACGACAAACACAGCUUUUCGGCCUUCACUUCAUUAAAUUUAUUGUUGAAAUUAUUCGAUGUGAAAACUCACGGAGUCCAAUUUUGUAAGUGUAUACAACGCUAGAUUGUGUUUGUAACAUUUUGGAGAAGCUUCGGUUCUCGAAUAUCUCAUUUGACAACAACGUUUGAUUGUUUUUAGUUCUUAGCUCAGCAUCAGCUUCCAGGCCGUCAACCAUAGUGAUAACACUCCUGUCAAAUAGCGAUUCUUUAUGUAGAGUAGUGUUUCACCGAUGCUGCUACGGAACGUCCUACAUCCCACUUUAGCAUUAGCAUGAGGUAUUGUAUCAACAUGAGGCGCACGGUGUACAUACCUUACAAUCGGGUGAAGUUUGAAGGUCAUUACUGCGCACCUCAUGAUAUUUUUUUGAACGAUUGUGGCAUGUGUUAUAAACCAGCCAUGGGGGAUAAUUACUUCCCUAAUAUGAAAUUGAAAGGCAUGAGUGAUUUUACAUAUGUUA